AUGUUUCCAACGCCUACAGAACACAUUGAACCACCGUGGAGAGCUAUGAAGAGACAAGAACACGAUAAUCUGCAUACUCCUAACAGUCGUCAUAUUCCGCCUAUUCAGUCAGAUAGUGUCAAGGUGACAACAGUUAACAAGAAUGAUUCUUGUUUAUCUUACCGUGAUGUGCCUAAAUCUGGUGUUAAUAGUAGUAAUCAUCUAAGACAGUCAACGAAUACCUCAUUUAUAAGACAGCCGUCUAAAAUUUCUUUACAUCAUUCACAUGUAUACUAUAAGAAACCAAGAGAUUUUCAACUGCCUGUUAAUUUAUCAAAUGGGAAUUUUCGGAAUAGAUCUAAUUCCCUUGGAUCUUUAUCUGGUAGGCCUCCAUUUUAUCCACCUGGUCCUCAAUCCUGGGAUGAUUUAGGCAUUCGUUCAAAUCCCCUUCGUAUACAAAGAAUACAACUGUCUAGAGAAUUAUAUAGAAAUGCAAAUUCAAUCAAAAAUAUCAAUAAUGUCAAAAUGUCAAACAUUCCACCGGAAAUUAAGGUGGUUAAAGUAGACAGCUUACCGCUAAGGAAUAUAACCAAUCAUCAUAGAUCAUCAAGUGUUGAUCGGACAAAGAUGAAUCGAUUAUCACGUCCAAGAGAGUCACUUAGACAUCUUCGACCUCAUUCAUCCAGUUCACUAUGGUCAUUGAAUCAUAUGAAUGAAAGUAGUAAAGUUAAAACUUCUUCACACGAAGUUAUUCAUUCACCAUUUUGGUGUACAAAUGAUAAACGUUCAGUUUGUUCCUGUAGUCAUUCAACGGAUUCCUUGAACCUGAAAGUACCUAAAUAUCUGAAUAAAAGUAUCUCCAGGGUAUCUCCACUGCCUCAGCCUAUUAUCACAAAUUCUCAAGUGACUAAUUCUAUUGUACAAAAUUAUUUAGUAAAUCAAUCAGGCAUUUAUCAAGAUAGUAUAAGACGAGGAACUUAUGAUCUAGGUAAAAAUGAAUUUGGUUAUAAGCCUUAUUUUCAAUCUUUACGCAGACUAGAUUCAAACACAUCAACUGUUUCUACAAGUCAUGGAAAUCUACUGGUAACACAGCCUUCUUAUUCAACAUCUAAUCUAUUGAAUACUAAUCAUAAUGAUGAUCAUUCACGGAAUAAAAUCAAUAAUUAUCAGAUAGUUACUAGUAAUUUUCAUGUUAAUAAACCUACAGAUAGUAUAAUAACAUUAAAAGAUAGCACAAGAACAACAACAACAUCAAUAAGAAGUUCAGUUAAGCCUAAUUAUCGAUCAUGUGUGUAUAAAUCUAUUGGUUCAACUAGUGAAAAGCAUAUUUCAAAUUUAUUUUAUUGUAAUCCAAAUUUAUAUGGUCAUAUAGCUAAAGUGAUAACAACUGGGGAAAAUCAGAAAAUGGAUUUAUUAAAAGGGCGUAUUAUCCAUGACUUAACUUUUGUACCAGUAGGUACAACUAUACCUUGGUGGGAAAAAGCAUCUCAAUCGGGCACUACACUUCAUGAUAUCAAGGGGAAAGAAAGUAGACUCUAUGAAAUGCCUUUACGCUCAAAUAAAAUGAGUAAAUUUCGUUCAAAACAAAAAUUUGACAAUACUAUCAAUACCGAUAAAAAUGAAUACAAAUCACAGCUGAAAAGUACACCUGAUCUACGCAGUAUUACAAAUAGUCAAAGUAAUGGUGAUUUAUUAACAAAAAAUAAUAAUUCAAAAAAGCCACAUAAAAUAUUUACAGCAGCUGCAGCAAAAAUUAACUUGAAUCGUUCAAAAACAAAACCGGAUAAAACUCAACGUAGUUAUUCUAAUCCACGACCUGAAAUCAGUCGACCUAUACUAGCAACAACAAAUUCACAAUUAACAACAGGAGGACAAAAUAGCUUUCCUUCACUCAGUUUAGUGAACAACAAUACUACUGCUACUUAUACUGGUGGUGCUAAUAGUGGUGGGCAGAGAUUGAGUCGACCUACUCCACCACCCCUGCCUCUAUCAUUACAAACCCCAGAGAUUAAAAUAAACACUUCUCAACCAAUCUCAGUUAUGGGUAAUGAUGAACUUGGUAUAUGGAUUGAAAAACCAAUAGAACCUGUAAAAGUUGAAGAUAAAACAAUAUUAAAUCAAUUAAUGAAUUGUAAUUUGAAAUCAAUUCAUAAUUGUUCAAUAUGUAAUAAACCAAUGUUGGUAAAUGAACGUUAUGAUUUAGUUGAUCAAGUUGUACAUCGUAAUUGUUUCAAAUGUUCAGUAUGCAGUCAAACAUUAACUGAUAAAAGUGCAAUUUUUCAAAAUGAUAAAACUUCAUCAACACCAGCAGCGACGACAACACCGUCAACACAAGAGAAUAAUGAUAACAAACAAAAAGGUGACUCUGAAAGAAGAUCAUCAAAUCUCAGUGGUGGACGAAUGGGUAAUAUAAGAAAUAAAUUUGAAUCUGGUGAAGUUAAUAAUGACAAGAAGAAAACCAAGAAGAAAUCUGCUCCUAAAAUGAAAUAUGCUGGUGUUGAAUCAGCUAAGACAAAGUUUAUUGAAGAGGCUACAAAAGCUACAAUGGGGAAUACAGAAAAUGGGCCGAAAAAACAGAAAGAGUUUACACCUCCACCAGAUGGUGUUGCUGUUGGCAUCUUGGAAAGUAAUCCAAAACCAAGAGCACCAGAUGUUAUCACCUCGGAUGAUAUGUUUGAACCGGUGGAUUUGAAAGAAAUCAGUGAGAAAACAAAAAAUUUAAGAGCUAAGUUUAAAAAUAUGGAAGCUACUGGUGGACAGAGUUUAGAUGAAGAAAAUCGUAAAAAAAGUUCAUUUAUUGAUGAAUCAAUUACAGUUGCACCAGAAGCAACAAGAACUGCUAGAGCACGUUGGAAAGAUAUUGAAAGUGGAAAAGCAGAUAAAGAUAUUUCAUCAGAACGUGCAAAACUUGAUAUACAUGAAGGUUAUGGUGGUGUUUACGAGAAUGAACCUGAGAAAUUUGAAAAUAUCGCUAGAGCUGGUGAUAUAAAGAAAGAUUUACCAUCUGGUGUCAGUGCUAAAGAGAGAAGGGAGUUAUUCUUAAAGAAGGCAGCUGAUGCUUCUGUUGUCAAAAGAGACAGUAUAAAACUGAUAGAUAUUAAUGCUGCAGAAAGUGGAAUUUAUGAGAAUGAACCAACUCGUCGUGAUAAUGUGGUACGCUAUGAUGAUGACUUACCAGAUGAUUAUCCAAAUAAUUCAGUCAAAUGGGCAUCAGAAGCUAAAAAUCGAUUUAUGCAAGAAGCGUCUAAAAGUCAAGAAAGUACACCACGUAAUAAGACAAUUUUAUUAGUUGAUGAGAAUCAUACAAAUGGUAAUGAUGCAGCAGCAAAACAAGCACGAUAUGCUUCACAAGCGAAACAAGCUUUUCUUGAACGUCAAAAACAAUUAGAAGAAGCUGAAAAAAAUAAAAGUAGACCUGAAAUAAUUGAUAUAUGGCGAGAACAAUGUCCACAUAGUGGUGUAUUUGAAAAUGUCCCAGCUGCACAUACAGCUGAUGUUGUAAUAAGUGAUGACUCUGAAGAAGAGGAAGAAGAUGAAGACGAAGAGGAAGAAGAGUGAGAAGUGGAGGGAGGGAUGAUUAAUUCUUUCUGUCUCCUUCUCGCUCUCUCUCUUUCUCUUAUUUUUUAAAUUGUCAUCUUAUUCAUUGUCAACAGAAAAAAAACACCACCUGAAAAGCUUCACCUCACCGGGAUCAUUUACAAACCUAAGCACUCAGACACACAUACACACACAGGAGCAUUCAUACAUAAUUACAUGCACACCCGUGAAUAUAUAUUAUGUAAACUAAUUAACAAGCAUUUCAUACAUUGGACAAACCCGCCCGCUCUCUCUCGCUGUCUCUCUACUGCUGCUGUUUCUGUCGUGCAACACUAAUCUCCUUUACAUUACAUGUUUUUUUUUCAUUUCAAUGGAAAGUGAAUGCAUGCCUGCAUGUGUAUGGCUUUGUCACUCUUGGUUCUCGUUUUACAUUUUUGCCAAAACAUUUAGUAAGUAGUAGUGAACAGUUAUGUAAAAUGAAGCUUUAAAUUGUGCUACAGCUCUCCGAUUUCGUCUCUCAAAUAAUAUACACCUGUUACUAUGAUUAUUAUUAUUAUUAUUACAUAUUACAUGAUGUGCUCUACUGCUGUCAUCAUCAUCUCAAGGGUUACGCAACCGCCCGCAUAUUCUUGACACAAUCAAUAAUCUAGAAAUCAUGCUAUUUUUUAUUUCUCAUAUUAUUGUCUGCAUUGUUAUUUUCUGCAUUCCAUAACAUUCUUGUCUCUUCUUGAUUAUUAUUACUAUU